AAUUAACAGCUAUUUCAACUUUCUUAUGCGCGACCAAAAACCAGUUCCUUCGCUCUCGAGGCUAUCGAAGUACCCACUUUCAGACCCAAAGUAGUUCCUUGUCGCAAACGCGAAUCGUACGACCUGAUUUUUUCGGGACUAAUUUUCGACGAAAAAUGACCCGCGACUGAUAAUCGUGCAUCUUGAAUUUGUGAGGUUUUUUUUUUAGUUACUUUGAGGUACUUUCGCAAAAAUGCCUUGUUCCGCUGUUACGUUAAGUUUAGCUACUAUUACUAGCAUUAUAGCUGUUGCCCUUUUGGCUAUUGCUUUUGCUACAGACAAUUGGCUCUAUAUCGAAGUUAGAAGGACUAAUAUACAGAAUUUCCUAAGCCGGAAUUCAGAUGUGCAAAGUCAGUCGCUGUUGGAUGCGGUCAAUUCGAAAUACUUUUAUUACACGAGGACGAAGGGAUUGUUCAGGACGUGCUUCCCUAAAGAACGACCACCGACACUAAAACUUUACUUGAGUCCGGUGGAAACCUAUUGUACUAACGUUAACUAUUACAUUCCCGAUGAAAAUAAUGAAACCAAAGAUUUCACCGAAGAUGCCUGGACCAGAUUACAUAUGGGCAGAUCGAUGAUAGCUCUUUUCAUUCUCUCCUUUUUGGCUGUCUUUGCAGCUUUCUGUACAGGAGUUACAGGUUGCUGGAAAAGAUCUCCUGGAAAUGUGACUGCAACAGCUAUGCUCAUGUUACUUGCAUGUCUACUCAGUGCAGGCGCAAUGGGGCUUUGGCACGGAGUCGAAUAUUUUGAAAAAGAAAAACAAGUCGGUGAAGAAUUUUAUCAACAAUGGAGCACCUUACUUCAAGACAACACAACAACGUACUACGAUUGGGGCUUUGCCCUAGGCUGGCUCGGCGUAUUCUCUUGUUUAGGAGGCUCGCUGUUGUUCUUCUUCGGUUCGUGUUGCCUGCAAGCUGAAAAAGACCGAGAACAAAUGGACAACGUCCAGUAUAUCGUACCAGUUUAUCCACAAAAACAGCAAUACGCUUAUGCAGGAUAUCCGGUGCCUCCUCAACAGUAUUCGGGUCCUUAUUAUACCACAGGAUCGGCAGCGUAUGGGCCCUAUAACUACUGAAGUCGGGAUAACAUAAAUUAUCCAAGCAGGAAUAGAGAAAAAACCGUGUUUAUUUUGUAGGCCUUUCUUAAGAGACAACGAAGUAUUUUUUAAUAAUUUGUACAGUGCCUUUUUUUGUUUAUUAUGAAGCAAUACAACAAUUAGAAUACUGCGGUAGUAAUUUAUUUAGUUAAUUUUUUUUUCGGACUGAUGCUCAAUUAAAAAUAAAUUUUUGAAUCUCUAAUUUCAUAGAUCUGUAAAUUUAUUUACUGGAUUUUCUUCUUGACACAUCAUGUAACAUUAAUUUUAAGUAAAUUGUAAAUUUUUCUAGUAUUUUUAAGUAAGUAAUAAGAUCAUAUCCAUAUCAAGUAGAUUAAAUUUAAGACUUUUUGACUUUUUGAGCCUAAUUUGUAAUUGUCUUUCGCCAUCUGGCCACAAUACACGAUUUAACGGAAUGAAAUAUCACUUUUAACUGUGAUAGAAAAAUAAAAGUUGACUUAAAUAAACAAAUUAUUAUUUUUUAGGGCCGAUUUAUUCACCUUCUGAUAAACUGUCAGGUACCUAUGCAAUCUGCUAACGCAGCCUGUUAUCCGCUGACCAACAGAAUUAUAGAAUGUAUCUUGCGGAUAGUUACCAGCAAGUGUUCCUGAAGAUGAAUAAACCAGGCCUUAGUAUUUUUACCAGAAAAAUGAAUUAUCUUUAUUAUUCGCUUAAGAUUUUUUAACCAAGUUUAUAUUAUUUUUUGUAUUUUUUAAGUAUCUUGUGUACCUCCCUAAGUUAUUUUACUUUUUAUUUUAAUGACUAAUCCAACCCGUAUUUUUAAAUAUAACAGUUUACAAAUAUUGUUUUAUUU